AUGGCAAUGGCCGUCGACUCUCGCCAGCAACACCAUCAGUUCAGCCCAAUGGGCUACGAUGCGAUGAGGUAUCCCCAAGCUCCGCAGUUCACGAAUCCUUGGGUGUCUGGGCCGGCACCUCAAAGCCAGAUGUACGCGACCUCCAUGCCACAGUCCUCUGCUGCUGGUGAUGCGCGAUACGUCCAGGCACCCACUGUUUCGGCUGCUUAUGCUGGUGGACUACCCGCGACAUCUGUCUCUUCAGGUAUUCCUCAAAUGGAUCCAGCACUCUUCGAACAGUCCGGCUUACAGUUAGCUCAAGAUAUGAGCGCACCUAGGCCGUAUGGUUCAUCGUACACCUCUGCAGGACCAGCUGCUUCAACCUAUGCUCCUACAUCGGCUCCUCAAUACGUGCCUGCCUAUGGAUAUCAGCCCGACAGGCGAUCAUCUCACCCGUCAGUAGCCUCCGCCACGUUCCAAGGUGACCCAGUAGAGGUCCAACGCUUCCGCCAAAGCUCAUUGGUUGACUUCAAUAACAGAAUCGUGCACGCAUCAGAAGCCGAGCGACAAAGCUUCAGUGAUGCUCUGGAUGCUAGCCGUGGCAUGGUUGCCAUGAGCCAGUCAGACAUUACUCCAAGAAAUAUCUAUGGCUCCUCCAGCUCAGGACGCACAUCGACAGAUUCAUAUGGCUUCCCAUCGCACUCGUCGCACUCGUCCAUCUCUUCUGCAAGCACCUAUCCAAGCUAUUACAACAGCUCGGUGAGCGAAGCAUCCGUUGGCGACUACAGCUCCGCUGGCGAAUCGGUCGACAUGCCAUCGCGAACACUCCCACGACCAGGAGCACUGAUUGGCGGCGCAAUGCCACCUGCACCACAGUCCAUGAUGGGUCAAUUCAGCUCCAAGGUCUCGUCAAGUUCACAGAAGAAGCACAAGUGCAAGAUCUGCGACAAGCGCUUCACACGACCAAGCUCGCUGCAGACACACAUGUACAGCCACACAGGCGAAAAGCCAUUUGCCUGCGACGUUGAGGGCUGUGGGCGACAUUUUUCUGUAGUCUCGAAUUUGCGCAGACACCGCAAAGUCCACAAAGGCGAGGGCCACGAUCCCACAUCACCAGAGGAUGAUGAAUGA